GACGCUGUUGGGGCGAUAGUUUUUAAGACCAAGACCAAUCAGGAAGGUGCUGGCCCACGUGACCCCCGUCAUCUUUACGCAAACCCGUUUUCGCCAUCUACGUGUUGGGUGACAGCGUUGGCGAUUUAUUGGGCAUGUAAUCCGCGCGCGCAACCAGGGCCACUAUUUCCGGGAUCUGACCCAUUGCUUCGCUUCGGCAAGCCAUUAGGAAAUCUCCUGAAAAAAGAUGGAGUGGCUAAAACCUACGGGACGCACUCGGUGAGAAAAGGUGUGGCAACAUUUGCCUGCGGAGGAAGUACUGGUGGCCCG